AUGUUUCCACCAGGCGCAUUCAAUCAAGCUAAUAUAGCCUUUCCAUUUCCAGGCCAACAACUACCGGGAUCACUCUAUCGUUCACAGUAUGGUGGUGUUACUGGAUUUACUCCACAAAUGGUGCCGAAUUUUCAACAAAUACAACAGGAUUAUCAACAAGCAGCAUCAAUACGUGGUCAAUCAUUACCAGCAGCUGGUAGACCCUAUCCACCACCAACAGGUCCUUAUACACCAGGGCCACCACCUUCAUCAUCAUCUCGACGUCAUAAACAUAGUCAGCAUCCACCACCAGCUCCAUCUCAACAUUACGAACAACGUAGUAGUCAUGGAUCUAAAAGUAAAAAACAUCAUAAACGACGAAGUGUAUCACCGAUCGGUGCUGCUGAACAAGCUUUAUAUUCUGAUCACGGAGAAGAACAUCGCGAACAAGCAGAAGAAAAACAAGUUCGUAGUCGCACUCAAUCACCUGCUCCACUCAACCAUCCGACCCAAGAAGGAACUAGUGACCAUGAGCAUCAAACAGUUGAAAGCACCAAUGACGAUGUCAUACAAGGAGGAGUAGCUAGAUCAGAAGAAGCACAAGCAAAUGUCGAAAAUGUAAAACAAAAAUCAAGUUCAAAAAAGAAGAAACAUCAUCGUCGUGAUCAUCACGAUAAUUAUAAUGCAGCACAAUUACCAGAGGGUACUACUCUUGACAAUAAUCCAAACAAUCUUUUUCAACAACCCUAUCAACCACAACAAUAUUCUCAACAGCCAACGCACUUUGGAGAAUAUCAUAAUGAAUUACCUCCACAAUUGAAGGUACAUCGUCAACCGCUCUAUGCUGGUUAUACACAAGCUUAUGAAGAAUCGAUUCGACGUGGUGAUAUUUCUCGUAAACAAGCAAAACGUUCAACACGUUUACCACCUGAAGUUAAACAACAAUUAUUUCCUCAUGAAGAUGAUCAUAAAAAUCAAGCUCCACCACCAGUACAACAACAUCAACAACAACAAUCGUAUCCAUUUGGUCCAACACCAGGCUAUCCUCAACAACCAUUCGGUGGUGUUCGUCCACCGUUUAAUCCAUAUCCAUCAUAUGGCCCUCCAGCUAUUCAACCCAAUUAUUAUGGUUCUAAUCCUGGUUCUGGACCCUAUACUGCUUUACAACCAUGGUCAAGCCAAGGUGCUGCUAGUGGAUCCAAUGAACGAGAAGUUCAACAUUUACUACAUCGUAUUCGUUCAUUAGAAGGUGAACUACAAAAACUACAACGAAAACUUCAUAAGGCGAAAUUAAAUAAAAAAGAAGCCGGAGGAGAAAAAGAUGAAGAAAGUCGUUCUCAUCGACGAUCAAAACGUGAUACUACUGGCUCACCAAGACAAACACCAGUCAUUGUUGAAUUGAAUAAUGCAACAGGCGAAGCAAUUCGUGAUACACCAUCGAAAAAACAUCGAAAUCGUACAAGUAGUAAUCAUAGUUCACACCAUGAACAACAAAACGUUGAACAAGAUUCAACCGGAAUCAUGCAUUCAACAGAAAAUAUAAUAGGUCAAGAUCAACGAACAAAUGAUACACGUGAAGUCUCACAAUUACAUACUAAUCGAACAACUACUGAAACCGAAAUAAAAUCUUUACCAGCAAAACCUACGCGUGAAGAAACUGCUGCACAAUUAGCACAUGCAGCUGUAGCUCAUCUUAAUAAUCGUCAAGGAUUUGUUGGUGGUUCAGCUCAACAGCAUGUAAGUGGACCUCCACCACCUCCGCCUGCACCACAAAUAGGACGAUCACAAUUACCCAAUCAGCAACAACAAUACAUUUAUCAGCCAGGCGUUCUACCACCACAAGGACAACAAAAUCUAGGUCCAAGACCACGUUUACCACCAGGUACUGGUAAUGUUGUUUACCAAGGCGAUCCAUAUCAACAACAACAACAAAUUAUUAAUCCUAAUCAACGUAAUAUGGCCAAUCAAAAUUAUAAUCAAUCAAAUAACAAUGAAUUAUUUGGUAACGAUGACAAUGAUGAUGCUGACGCUGAUGAUGAUGAUGAUGAAGAAGAAGAAGAAGAAGAAGAUGAUGAUGAUGAUGAUGAUGAUGAUGAUGUUGAUAAUGAUGAACGUCGCCAACAACUAGAACAAAGUCGUUCAGCAGAAAAAAUUCUUGAUGCAUUUGAACGUUUUUAUGUAACUCGUGGUAAAUCAUCAGCAACUCCAAUGAAAGUAAAAUAUAUUCCAGAAGAUAAUAAUAGUAAUCAACCACGUUUGAAUCAUCAACAACUAAAUACCAAUAAUAAUAAUAAUAAUAAUCGAUAUUGUUCAUCAAGUCGACAAAGUCAUAGUAGCAGUAGUUCAUCAUCUGAAUCUAUCUAUUCUAAUUCGCCAUCUAUUUCACGUCAUUCAAUAUAUGAUAAUACUCAUCGAAAGUCGGUAAAUAAAAUAAAAUGCAUUUUACACCUGCCAUCGCAGAUUUAA